UGGAAGAGGUGUUCCCAUCUUACCUAGUCCACCUGGGAGGAUGGGCCCCAGCCCUAGACCUGCACUAUUAGCCCCCAUGUCCCAUCAUGCGGCCCAACUAUUUUGAAAGGCUAUGGGCCUAGCUAGAACCUGCUGCCUCAGCGGGGCCUCCUCUUGGGGGAGGGGUGUUUGCCGGUUGCCAAGGUACCCGGGUUCCGGCCUCUCGCAGUAGCCACAGCCAUGCUGUACUCGCUGUUCUUAGUGCCAUCGCUGUCCCUGCUGGUGAUGCCUGUCCCUAGCCAUGCCUGGUCACGGCCCCUCUGGUACCAAGUGGGGCUGGACUUGCAGCCAUGGGGCUGCCAGCCAAAUGGCCUGGAUGGCUGCAGAAGCAGUCUGGGCUGCCCUGGUUACUGGAUGGCCCUGGGAGGAAGCCGCGUCUACCCCGUGGCUGGCAUCACGAUCACCACCACGAUGAUGCUGGUCAUCAGCCGUAUGAUGCUGCACCGGUGGCGUUCUCAGGUCACUAAGGAUCAGCUCCCACAGGUGACUCCCAGUCCCUGCAAACACUGGAAACGGCAGGCAGCUGUCUCAGACCGCACCCUGGUCCUCAGGGUCCUUCACAUGCUGGAUGCCAUCCUGCUCCACAUUGAGGGCCACCUGCAGCGCCUGGCUUCCCAGGAACAAAUUCAAAUAAAAGGAACUCCCACCCAGUCUGGGUGACCCAA